AUGGAAGACUUAACUCCCCCUUUAAAUUAGGACAAAAAUUGGUAAAAUUUGCAUUUUUUGGGUACUUAAUUCCAAUAAAAUUUUUCAAUGGGAAAAUUUUACCAAUUAAAAUACUAAUUUUAAAAAUUAGUUUUGACCUAAUUUAAUGUAAUAGACAAAAUGCAAGUAGAAUGUUAUUUAAACAAUUUCUACACUGAAUCGAUUUAUUAUUUUAUUUAAUUGUUUUUAUAAAAUAAACUAAAACUCAAAGUAUUGAGCUCAAUUUAUAAUUUUUGAAAAUAAAUUAAAGACGAAAAAACUAGUUUUUAUAAAAUUAGUUUUUUGCCUUCUUAAUAGACAAAAACCAAGUAAAUGUUAUUUAAACAGUCUUCACAUGAAUCGAUUAAUUUUUUUUAUAAAAAAAAUGUAAAAUUUAAAGUAUUGUGCUCAAUUUAUAUUAAAAAUAACUUAUAAAAAUUAGUUUUUUUAACCCAUUUAAUAGAAUGUUAUCUAAAUGGUUUUCACACUGAAUCGAUGAAUUCUUCCUUAAAAUAACAUAAAAUUCAAAGUAUUAUGCUUAUUUAUAUUAUUUAUCAAUGCAAUUUUUUUUUAAAGAUAAAAAUACUAAUUUUUAUAUAGUUUUUUCAAAUAAUUUAACGGAAAAAUUGCAAGAGGAUGUUAUUUAAAUUUUUAAUUAUUUCUUCAUAAAAAUUAUUAAAAUUCAGAGUAUCGCGCUCUAUUUAUAUAUUUAUAUAAGACUUUAAAAAUUUUAAAAAGCAAAUGAACCUCCCUUUAAAUUGGGCAGAUUUUUUCCAAUUUAAGGGAGGGAGGAGUAAGUAAUAGAUCGCGCGAGAAAAGCUUUGAAGAAGGGUUUGACUACAUUUCUGAAGGCGAAAUCAUUAUAAAACUUCAAGAAAAAGUGAAAUCUCAAGCGCAAAGACUGAGGGCCUUGGAGGGUUACAAAACAUUAUGCGAAACAAGGAUUGCUGAAUUGUUUCCAAGUCAUCCAUUCCCAGUAAAAAAUGAGCAUCUAGGGGUUUUUAAUUCUCAGGAUAGCCAAGAGCUUCAUGCAGCCAAACAAAAGAUUAUCCGUUUAGAACAGCAACUGUCUAAGCAGGCAUCAUUGACACCAAGAAGUGGGACUCCUCUUUCAGGAACACCGAAAAACGCUCAGAAACUCGAUGAAAUGUAUUCAGUGCUGCAUCAUAAAUAUAAUGAACUUGUCAAAGAUAAGUCCCUUGUGGAAGAAACUCUGCGAGCUGAAAUGCUGGCAUCUGAAGAACAAAGAACGUAUAUUGAAAUACUAAAGCAAGCUUUAGAAGUUAACGUUGAAGAGUUAGGGCUUGGAGGUAUAGAAGCUGAUACCUUUGUCGAAUUUGUCCAAAAUAAGACGAACAUUGAAAACACAAGAAAAAAUACAGCGAAACUGCAAAGUGCUGUUUUGGACCAAGAAAUCCAGAUAAAGAAAUUAGAUUAGAUUAACGAAUAAUAUUUUUAAGUCCCUACUUCCACGAGUGGCAUCUUGCGCAGCCGUCAGGCUGCGUAGUGGCCCAAGAAAUUGGGUGGACUUCCACCUCUGGUACCUCGAGCCCAGGCUGAAUCCCCUGGCUUCUCGGUAAUGGUUACCCUAUUUGGGUCCGCAGACCAAACUGAGCACCACCAUUUCCAACUCAGUCCCCUUGCCCUUAUUACGCCACUCCUGCCUCGUACUCCUGGCCCAGAUCGCCCCUUUUACGGGACCCUUUCAACUGCAGAGGCCGCCGUGUAAGUGAUAUCUAGUUUACCUCCCCUUCUCCCAGAUCAGCUCUUGGAGAAACUCAACCGCUUCCGCGAUUCGGGGCAGACCACAAUAGCAGCUUGAGCAGGUAAUUCACCCUGCUCCAUUUCGGGCACCCACUGGCCUGGGCGCUGCUGGCAAAAAGGAGACGCAAGACACUGCCCAAGGGUUCAGUCACAGGAGCAGCGGCUUCUGCACUUAGGCAUCUCGCUUCGACGUCCUGAACGUUGAUGGGCCAUCUUCCUGCUCCAAAAACCAUGCCCGGAUAUACAUGGGUAACCACCACUCGGAGGGUGGGUCGGUCGCCAUACGCCAUUUUAUGUAUAUCCAAAUAAAGAAAUUAAAUGAAGAAAUUGAGGCAAGAAUUCAAGACUGCAAUGAGAUGGCAGAAGCUAAAGAAAAAAUGGAAAAGCAACUCAGUGAAGUUGUGACAGCUUUAGAGUUCGCAGAAGGAGAAGCCUCAAGAUUUGAAAUUGAAAGAAAUUCACUUAUUGAUUAUAUUGAAGAGCACAAGAAAAAAGGAGACUUAGUAGCUGAAAAUUUAAAUGAGGUCGAAGAAAAGCAUGCAGAGUUAAACGAACAAUACCAAAAAAUUGCUGACGAACAUGAAAACCUGCAUUUGACUAAAAAAGAAAUAGAAGCUGAGUUAGAAAAUAAAAAAAAAGAAAUUGAAGACUAUCUAAAAAAACUUGAGGAAUUGCAGGAAAAAUAUAUUAACUCAAAAGCAAAAAUUGAGGAAAAAGAUAAACAAAUAAUCCAGUUGAAAGAUAAUUUAAAUAAGCAAACAGCUCGUAAUAAGGAGCUUGAAGAAAGUAAUUCAGAUUUAAACAAGAAAUUGAGAGAAAAUGAACAAGAAAUGGAAGACACCCUUGCAGAGCUUGAAGAAAUAAAAAAUCAUGAAGCUCAGCUGGGAACUGAAUUGAGCGAACUUAAUGAGGACUUAAACAAAGCAGAGUCUGAGCUUAGAGAAGGUGAAGAGAUAAUAAAAGACUUAAGGAAAGAACUCGAAGACCAACUCACUCAAAACACAAACUUAAAUUCAAAUCUUGACUCAAACUCUAAACAAAUCGAAGAAUUAAACUCAGAAAUUACAAAAGCCUGGACUACUCAAAAAGAAGCCUACCAAAGAGAGCAAAAUCUCGUCAAAACCAAUAACGAGCUAUGCUCAAAACUCAGCGAAACUCAACAGAAAACUGAGCUUUUACAAGCAGAAAUAGAAGAACUGAACUAUGAGAUAACUGAACUUAAAGAAAAAUAUGAAGAAGCAUCAGUAGAUUUAAUUAAUUUAAGAGAAAUAAGAACCAAGCUAGAGCAAGAGCUUCAAAAAACAGAGCUUGAGCUUUCGAAUGAAAAGUGCAAUUCAAAAUAUUUCCAAGACGAAGUUGUUGCAUUAAAAAUCCGAAUUGAAGAUUUAAAUUUAGCCUUGAAAAUUGCUAAUGAAAACUAUCAAGACCGUGAUGAUAAAUUGAGGAUUUCUGGGUAUAAAAAUGAUGAACUGAAUGAAGAAAUCAAUAGAAUCAAAGAAGAAGUCAAAGAAGAAAAAAGAGAAAAGCAAGGGGUUGAGGAGGCAUUGAGAAAAGCACUGAUUGAUAAUGAAAGGAUUAUUCAAGAAAAAACUAUAUUAGAAGAACAAAUUGCUGAGUGUUGCAGAUCAUCUGGAGAGCUAAUAGAGAAACUAAAAGAAUGCGAAUUUUCUAAAGAUUUUAACGAUUUCAUAUCAUCGUGAAGCAAAAUUCCAUCAGAUGUCCUUUCAUUACAAAGACUAAUUCAACUCUCUCUUAUAAAUCUCUUCCAGCUAUAUCAGCAAAAUUCUAAAUAUUCUGAAGAUUUACUAGUCAUUAGCAGCAAGCUCCAAUCAUCUCUAUCUGACUGUGAUAAUCUCGCAAAAGAAGAAUCCUCCUUAAGGUCCCGAGAAGCAUUCUUACGCAACCAAAUCGAGCAAAUUUAUCAAGAAAAUAGCAGAAUCCGUGAAAGCUUGAACUCCCAAAUCACAAGCCUUCACCAAGAAGUGAUUUUCUUAAGAUCUGAAAUUCACAAGCUGCACGACGAAAACGAGUAUUUAAAUACUGAAUUGCGCUCCAAGUCUCUCGAGUAUUCCAAAGCCAAGCAGGCAGAGGAAUAUUAUAAACACACUUUAGAAGAAAAAACUCGACUAUAUAAUAAGCAUAAAAUAGACUUUGAAGAAAUCAUCAGGGAAAUAUGAAAGGCUAAAAGCAUUGAAUCUCAAAGGGUUUUCGAACAAAUAAUGAGAGUGAAAACUGAGCUAGAACACGCUGAAAAUGACAAGUCAAGAAUUUUGGAACAGAUUUUGAAACUUACUGAAGACGGGGAUGCACAGAUAAGAGAAACUUUGAAAAAACAGGUAAAUAGCUGUGAUGAGCAGAUUGAGACGAGAAAAGGUCUUAUUAAAAGACUUGAAGAUGAAAUAAGAGGGUUAGAGUCUAAAAGUGGCAGCAUAAAGCUUAAUGGAGAUAGAAGUAGAAGCUAUAUUCGUAUAGAAGGCGAGAUAGAGCCUUCUGAAAUUAAUCCAAAAUCAAAUGGCUCUACCUUUAGAUCUCAAAGCAGUGAAGAGCAGGUAAUUUAA